AAAAGACAUUUACAGAAGCCAGGUGAAAACAGUCGGGUCGGCUGCUGCAUGCGAGUCCCACACAGGAGAAACCCAAACUUGACAGCGGAGGGUAAUACUCUGGGAAGCGAAUGAAGAAACUCCUUUUGCUUCACUUCACAUAUAGAGGACUAGUGAGAAAAGGGAAAAAGAGUAAAAGAAGAAAAUGGCCAAUUUUAAUUUGCGUAAAGCGGAGCCCAAAGACGUGCCUGACAUAUUGCGACUCAUAAAGGAACUCGCUAAGUAUGAAGAGAUGGAAGACCAAGUUAUAUUAACUGAGAAAGAUCUGCUCGAGGACGGAUUCGGAGACCACCCGUUUUACCACUGUGUGGUCGCAGACGUGCCAGUCGAGCAUCAGAAAGUCGAGGGUUAUUCUGUGAUUGGAUUUGCCAUGUACUACUUCACCUACGACCCUUGGAUUGGCAAACUGCUGUACCUUGAAGAUUUUUAUGUAAUGAGAGAGUACAGAGGUUUUGGAAUUGGGUCUGAAAUCCUGAAAACCCUCAGUGAUACAGCUGUGAAGAAUCGUUGCAGCAGCAUGCAUUUCAUCGUGGCGGAGUCCAACAAGGCAUCCAUCGACUUUUACAAGCGACGCGGGGCUUCUGACCUUUCGCUGCAGGAGGGAUGGCGACUUUUUAGGAUUGAUAAGGAGAAUCUCCUGAAAAUGUCUGCGGAAGAGUGAGCUGGCCCAAAGCUCCAGUGUUCAAGGAGGGAGUAGGAAUAGCUCACAGCCAUUUCUCAGUUUAAAAAAGACUUUAAUUACUUUUAAAUAUUUUAGACACUCUUAAUCAUGUUAACAUACAGCAAUUUACUCUUGAGAUUAAGUUAUAGUAGUACUUGUAAACAUAUUCUGUAGUUUGCAUGUCAGAUUAGCUUAUCAAUAGUCAUUUAUUGAUCGAAUGCAUUGAAAAUAAAAUAAAAAAAUAUCUAAAAAGUA